UCCCUCUGCUCCCCUUCUCCUUUUCUUUUCCUUUACCCAGCUCUCUCUUUUAAUUCCCACUCGUUUACUGACUCACUUCCUCCCUCCCUCCCUCCUUCCCCCUUUGCCAAUCCCCGGCAUGGAUUCCGGCCAGAUCUCCACCUGAUCUUUUCGGAACGAAACUCCCGCCACCGCCGACUAUUCCAUCCAAAAUCCCAGGAAGAAAGAGGACAACAACAAAACCCCUAAUUCCUAAUUCCCACAAUCGGAAUUAUUCACCAUGGUGCCAUACGAGACCGCCGCGAUUUCAAUCUCCAACCCGCCGGCGACUUCGUCCUCCUCCACGACCACCACCACCAUCUCCAAGCCGCCUGAAAUCGACGGCCUCCUCGCCAGAGCCAGAUACAAGGUCCACUCAUCCGACCUCCGCCACGUCGCCCAGCGGCUUGAGAUCGCCAUGCUCAACUCGCCCUCCCAGCACCUCUCCCUCCUCGCCUCCGACGCCGUCCUCUACAACCCUUCCGAUCUCUCCACCUGGGGUACUGCCGAUUGGAUCAGCCGAGAUGGUAGGGUGAAGGCGAGGCGGUGAGGGCGGAGGAACGCGCGGGAGUCGUCGCCGACGGGCUGGCCGAGAUGGGAGUGUGGAGGCGGCGGGGCGCAGGGGAGGGGAGUCGUCGCCGCUGCUGAGAAGAAGGCUGGGCGAUGUGUGGAGGCGGCUGGGCGAUGGAUGUGAGGGAGGAACGAAGGCCAGGCUGCUAGGGUUGGGGUGUUUUAGGGAUGGCAAAACGACGUAGUUUAGGUCGGUUGGUUAGCAUCGGUUAGCCGGUUAACCGACAUCGGUCUUUCGGCUAACCGCCUAACCACUAGCCACCUCCGGCAACCGAUCGCCACUUGUUUUUUUUUGGUUUCCUGUUAGCCGCUAACCGGCGGUUAACGGUUAGACCGACCGGUUAGCAGCUAAUCGGCAACCGAAAUGACAGCCCUACCUAUAGUAGAAGGCUAGAAGCUCAAUUGACAUAGGUUUGCUCGCAAUUUAAUUAUUACUUAUCACGAUUCUGUCAUUCCUAUUACCACACCUUUGAACGUUUUGUAUCACUAACAAAUGUGCUGAAAUUCUAUUCAUGGGAGAGUUGGCAAUGUUGGGAGAAUUCCUCAUCCACGGCAACUCCUUCUGGAAUUAAAGAUUCAAAGAAAGA